AAUACUUUCCCUAUAUAAUGGCUAAUUGUUUUUGCAAAACAUCAGUGCGCAAGACAAAAUGAAGGAAUUAACAUUAAGUUUGCUAGUUGUGAGUGUUGUCGGCAUUUCAGGAUACCUUAUCAAAGUACCUACGUCUCCAUCUAGGAGCACUGCUAUAGGUUCAAGAGGAUGGGUACACAUUCAAAAAUUGAUGCUACCAUUAUUUGACAAUGUUUGUGAAGAAAGCACAAAUCCUGUAAUAAUUAGACUUGCGCAAGAGUUUAUUCUAAACAGCGCUGAUUUUACGAAUCCAGACGUAGUAGCACAGCUUAAAGCUCAAAGCAACAAAGGAUUAAUUCCCAAAGGUGAAAUAUUUUCUGAGUUUGAUAAUGGUCAUUGGGCAGAAAUGCAAGCAAUUUAUAAGGUCUUGUUAUAUGCUAAAGACUUUGACACAUUUUACAACGUGGCUGCGUGGGCCAGACAAAACGUAAACUGUGGACUGUUUGUCAAUGCCAUAUAUUUAGCAAUACUGAAUAGACGAGAUACUUCAAAACUAUCCAUCCCUGCCCCCUAUGAAUUACUGCCUAAUUAUUUUAUUGGCAAAGACGUAAUCAUCAAAGCGUCGAAUAUAUUGGCUGGUCAAGAUGUGACACAAAUUGAAGAUGUGAAGGAUGAAGGAAAUGCAUACGUCAUAGAUGCCAACUACACUGCCAAUGUUAACGAUAAUGAGGAAGAUUCUAAAUUAGCAUAUUUCCGGGAAGAUAUUGGCUUAAAUUCAUACUAUUUCUUGAGGAAAUUGAGACUAGGGUCUUGGUUAAAUGCGCCGCUAGAUCUCAGUAAUAAAUAUGGAGAAUCUAUGUACCAGAUGAUGAAGCAGUUUGCUGCAAGAUAUGAUUUAGAAAGAUAUGCCAAUAAUCUUCCAAUAUUAGAUAGCAUCGACUGGGAUUCUGAAGUGAAAACAUACGACCCGCUGUUAAUUUAUUCGAAUGGAAAUGAAUUCGCCCACAGGAUUUUCGAUAUAGAUAUUAUUGGAAAUAAUGAAAUUGAAUUAAUAAAAGGCAUUGAAAAUAACAUUGAUGCUGUCAUAUCCCAUAUGAGACAAAGUGGCUACCAGAAAGAGCAAAUAUUAAAUAAUUUAAUAGAAAUAUUAGUGACAAGCAACAAAAGUUACGAAACAAUGGCUCGUCAACUUUUAGGAAAUGGAAUGGAGGCAUCAAGACAAUUGUCAGUUCUAGAUCAUUUGAUGACUACGCUGAGAGAUCCCGUUUUUUGGAGGUUAAACAAAAAAAUUGUAGAAAUUAUUGAUAAUGCCCUCUCACUUCUUCCUGCUUAUUCAAGGAAUGAACUUUACUUUCCCGGAGUAGAAAUAAAUAAUAUAGAAACUAAGAAGAUAAUGACUCAGUUUGACAAUUUUCAGUUUGAUAUUACAGAUGCCUUGAAGUCAAACGACAAAGAUAUAAAUUUCCAAUUAAAAAUCAAUCAACCAAGAUUAAACCAUAAAUCGUUCAUUAUAAAGCUAAACGUUUCAUCGCUUGUUACACAAAAAGGAUUGGUAAAAUUAUAUUUAGGACCCAAAAUGGCACCUGGAGAGCUUGUAUCUAAUAAAAAUCUCUUUGUCUUAUUAGAUAUGUUUGAAAUAAAUCUCAAACUAGGAAACAAUGUAAUAUCCAGGUCAUCCGAAGAAAUGAAAGCAUUUUCAGAUGAUUUUGUGUCUCUUCAAGAUCUCCGCAAGAAAAUUGAAGAUGCUGAGUUUGGUUUAGAUUCACUACCACUUAAUACAGUUGAUUCACAGAUUGGUUAUCCUUCCAGGCUAAUAUUGCCUAAAGGUACACCAGAAGGCCUUCCUAUAUUAAUAUUUGCAUUCAUUGCUCCAUUUACAAAAGCCAAAACAAUUAAUGUAUUAACAAACUCUGAAUUCAAUUCCGCUAUUCUUUCACCGGGAUAUCCCCUAGACCUUGCAAUCGAGGAUCAUCAGUUAUUCAAUUUACCAAAUUGUAUGAUCAAAGAUGUUGUCAUCACUGGCAAAGGCAGCGGUAACAUCUUUGCAGGAUAUAAAAAUAAAAAAUACGGCGGCAGUGAGACCUACGAUCCUUCAUCACGUCCUAUAUAUGGUGGAAAACGAGGUGGUUAUAACCAAGGUUAUGAAGAAACAGAAUCGGAGUACCAUGAAGAUAUUUUACCAAGCGGCUUGUUGUCCUUGAGACCUGAUUUUACUAAAAGAAAAGAAUCAGGAAAUUACGGUACAAAACAAAUUAAUUAUGGAGAUAAGUCUGAUUCAGAAACCACAAAUUUCCGAGACAAUGGAAAAAUUAAAAGGCCUGAGUUUACUUACAGUAAAUCCAAGCCAUAUGACUAUAGUUCCAAAAAGGGAAAAUAUGAUAGAAAAGAUUACUCAUAUAAUAGAACCGAUGGUAUAAAUUCUAUUCAGGAUCAAACACCAAUCAACAAUGUAGAUUUAGAAAAAGAUGUUAUUUCUAGUGACAAUUUUAGUGAAAAAUAUUCAUCAAUAUCAGAAGAAGUAACAGAAUAUGGUUAUUUAGUUCAUAAAGAAGACAGAGAGCUUGUUAAAAAGCAACCUUUGCCGCAACAGGCAUUUACCAUUUACGAUUUAAUACCUCCUAAAAAUGACUCAAUAUCUUCUCCUAAAGAUGAGUCAGAUGAAAGAGUUUAUGAAUGAAUAGUUUGUAAUAAAUUAAAUUAUUCAAAUAUUGUUAACUAGCUAUAAGAUUUUAUAAAUAAAUAUAUUUUUUAAUGCUG